GGAAAAGCAUCCUACAUGUGUCUUUCUCAGGCUUUGAUCAGCUAACCAGUUGUGUACACCUAUCACAUACAAAAAGAAGCCUUUAGUUUAAAAACGCGUUUAACAAAAAGAUAAUGUUCCAGCACCUACUUCAGUCAUACUCUCUCUCUCUCUCUCUCUCCGCACAUUUUUUUAGCUGAACCUGAACCUUUUGGCUUUCCCAGCUCUCAUCACCAGCUAUAUAUACAUAGAUCUCUUGCACUCCUCCCUUCUCCCUUCCGCUCCUUGAUUUGACGAGUAGUUGUUAGUUUCACUCCAUCCUUCUCCAUUUCUACACAUCCAUCAUAGCUACCAGCCGCUGUGUAACAGUGUAAUAGUGUAUGCACUAGCAAGCGCGGCAUGGCGGGCAGCAAGGGCAGCGACCGGUCUCCGUCGUCGUCCAUGGACAGCAGCACCCACCCGGUGCUCUCCACGACAUCGUCGGGCUGCCGCCCGGCAACGCGGGACCUCAGCACUGAUCUUCAGCUUGGGCUUAGCCUGUCGUCGCCGUCCUCGCUCCUGGCCGCUGAGAGCAAGAGCAUCCCUUCUACGCCAAGGAACCAAGUACUCUCUGAUUGGCCCCCGAUCAAGCCGUUCCUCAGGAGCGCCCUGACGGCGUCAGCACGCAGGCGGCUUACAUUGUUCGUGAAGGUAUAUAUGGAAGGCGUUCCAAUCGGCCGUAAGCUAGACUUGCUUUUGCUGGAUGGGUACGACAGCCUCCUCAUCAAACUCUGCCACAUGUUUAAGGCCUCCAUCACCUAUGCUGAUGUUAUGGAGUACCAUCAACGAGUUCCUCGCCAGAAGGCUGCUCAUGUUCUCACCUAUGAAGACCAGGACGGAGACUGGAUGAUGGCUGGGGACGUACCGUGGGAGCUCUUCCUGACAAGUGUUAAGAAACUGAGGAUUGCAAGAAGUGACAAAUGUUAAUUAGCAAGCUUAAUCAUGCAGUGGACUUUAUUUUCUUUCUUCUUUUUAAUAUAGGUUAUUGAGAAAGAUUUUGCUAAUAGAGUGGACAAGCUAAGCUGAAGCUAUGCCUAUACUAACUGUGUACAGUAUAGUGAAGAAAAUGUAAUCUCCCCGCCUCCCUAGCAUUAAAAAUCAUGUAUUUUAUAUUUUUUUUCCUGUUUCUUUGACUGGCUUGUAAAUACCAUGGUUAUAUGUUAGAGUAGAGAAUCUGUAAGAGAAAAAAUCAUAAAUAUAAGAAUAUUCUCUUGCAAUUGCAAGUACAGAGUA